AUGGUUCCUGUGCCAAGUUGCCCCUACACAUGGGAUUAUUGGACGGCCGAGCCAUCUGAUUAUGUGGAGCUCACAUGCUUGAUGCCAAAUUCUAUAUACCUCCCCCUAACAGUUAGUUGGGAUGCUAAUCUUCAAGAUGUUAAGGAGGAGCUAUGGGAGCUGGCUGCAAAGCAGCCGUUAUUUGGGAUGCUGCAUGAAAUGACGGGCUAUGUGUUCAAAUUUAUUAAUUCAUUGGCUGUUUCUGAAGAAGUAGAUGAUGAGAAUAAAAGACUCCGAGACAUUAGGCCUGUGUUUGGUGUGCUCAUGCUUAUUGAGCGUUCCAUAGAGAGACCAGGGGAGCAUUUGUUAAAUACCCAAAUUAGUCAUUUGAUUGGAAAAGGUUUAAAUGAGUUUGAUAGCUUAAGAAGUUCAGAAGUAAAUGACUUUCGAAAGCGAAUGAGAUAUAUUGCAGAGGAAAGUCUAAUAAGGAGAUCACAGAGUACAAGAUUAGAAAGGUUAAGAUACCAUUAUCCACCGAGAUUAGCCGACCUGCCUACUGUUCCUACAACUUUGAUCAGUCAUCUGAACAACAACUGUUUUAUACUGGUCACUAAAGUAGGGAAUACCGAGUGUAAUGACUUACUAUUAAUUGUUUUGGUUUCAAGUAAUGUG